UCGCUGCCGCUAACGGCCGCCAGUCGCGCCGCUCGUUCAGGCCGCGUAGCGCGUGUUGCGGGCUGUGGUGACAAUGGCACUGACCUGGAGGACUGUGACGUGUGCCGCGUUGCUGGUGGCCGCUGCCGCAUCGCUCCUGCCGCUGGAGACGGAGCGGCUACGCGCGACGGUCGGCGGCUACGCCGUUAUGAACUGUCAUCUCGACUUCCCGUUCGGCAACGAGAUACCUUACCACCUUCAAUGGGAUAAAGACGGCGAGACGAUCUUGUCGUGGCUGAGUGGCGAGGGCGCGGUGCGCGUGGCCGACCGCUGGGGAGGACGCGUGCGGCGUGUGGGCGAUGGCGGCGGGCCGGCGGGGCUCGGCCGCGGCUCCAUCAACGUGAGCGCCGUGCGGGAGACCGACGCCGGCUUGUACCGCUGCCGCGUGCUCUUCCCGAACCGCUCGCCGCCGGCGCGUAACAACGGCACCUUCUACUAUCUAGAGGUGGAUGGAGGAAACCUAAUCGUGACCCCCCCCAUGAACACGACUGUGGUGGAGGGGGAGCGCGCCGAGCUGGAAUGUGCGCCCCGGGCGGCUGGAGCCGACGUGCAAUGGCGGCGCGCGGGCGGUGGCGACGCGCCUACGGCCGCACCUAACGGCAGCCUGGUGCUGCUCCACGCCGCUGCCGCCGACCUUGGCGAGUACGAGUGCCUCGUGCGCGCGCCCGACGGCCAGCUGCAGACCGCCAGCGCAUUCCUCGACGUGCACUAUAAAGCGAAAGUUGUGUAUUCACCUAAGGAAAGAUAUCUGGCCGCGGGCAAGGCGGCGAGCCUCGAUUGCCACUUCAGCGCCAACCCACCGCUCACGAACCUGCGCUGGGAGAAAGACGGCUUCCUCUUCGACCCUUACAAUGUUCCCGGCGUCUUCUACAGCAUGAACGGCAGUUUAUUGUUUAACCGGGUGGACGAGUCGCACGAGGGAGUGUACUCGUGCACGCCAUAUAACGCUCUCGGCACGGAGGGCGCGUCGGGCGGCGUGCGCGUGCGCGUGCUGCGCGCGCCUCGUCUGAGCGCUCGCCCGCAGCCGCUCUACGUGGCGCGUCUCGGCGACACGCUCACGUUGCCGUGCGCCGUCGCCGAGCCGCCGCAUCACGCCGCACCCGCGCCCGCACUUCGCUGGACGCGGAAAGACGGUAGCUCGCUCCCGGAGGGGCGGCACUCGCUGCGGGACGGAAACCUGACCAUCAGCGAGCUGGCGGAGGAGGACCGCGGUGUGUACGUGUGCACGGCCAGCAAUGAGGCCGCCGACGUCGUGGCCGAGACCGAGCUGCUAAUCGAAAACGUGCCACCGCGCGCGCCAUACAACCUGACGGCGCGCCCCACCUCGCGCACCAUACACCUCUCCUGGGUGCCAGGCGGCAGCGGCGUGGACGCGGAGUACACGGUGUGGUACCGCGAGCGCGGCGCGGGCGGAGAGUGGCGCACUAUGCGGCUGCUGUCGCGGGGCGUCGCCGAGGCCACGCUGCUGGGUCUGCGCUCCGCCGCCGACUACGAGCUGCGCGUGCUGGCGCAGGAUCACUUAGGCGAUGGCCUUUUCAGCAAACCCCUUGUCGUUCGAACGCUUGAUUCAGAGAUAAGUGAAGAUCUCGGCACGGCGUCAGCGGCGGCCAUUACCGAGAGCGACGUCACCGCGAGCGGCGAAGUCGGCGAAGUCGGCGACGUCGGCGACGACGGCGAGGAGAUGGAAGUGACCGUGCGCCUGAUCGAGGAGGGCGCGUUGGUGCGCUGGAGUCGCGCGCCGCACGACCACACGCGCUGCUCCGUGCGGUGGUACCGCGGAGAGGCGCGCGACCCGCUCGCCGCCGCCCACACACACCACGACUACCUGCUCGUGAGCGAAGUGGAAGAGGGCGCGGAGUAUUUGGCGCGCGUGUGGUGCGCGAGCGGCGCGCGCGGCGGAGCGGCGCUGCGAGUCCCGCAGUACACGCGGAUGCGCGGCGUGGCGGCGGGCGCGGCGGCCGCGGCGCUGCUACUGGCGGCCGCGGCGGGCGCGCUGUGGGCCGCGCGACAUCGCCUAUGCCGCGCCCCCCGCACCCCCCGCACCCACCGCGACAAGCGCUGAUCACCCACGUCUGCUGCCUCGGCGCCCGCCGCGUCCGUCUCAUCGAUACUCACUUGUUGUUGAUUUGAUCAUGAAUAGGAGCAAGGCCAGCAUCUACACGAUGGAAAUAAAACAAUGUUUGAUUUUUAGCGGAAGAUGGGAAAUAUAAACGACAACCUGUUACUUGUUUCAUUCCACACAUUUUUAACUCGAAAGCGAAAAUGUCGAACCCGAAGCCGAAGCCGUUCAUUUAUUAGAUUUGCCUCCUGAGCGAGUACUGCGCGCCGCCGACACGAGACACCACUUUCACAAACAAUUAUUAACUUAUGAUAAUUUAAACUAACUCAACCCAUUGAAUAUGUAUGUAUAUUUUUUCUACUAAUUAUAAGUUCUGGUUAUGUAAAAGAUAACUAUGUAAAUAGUCAAAUAACUUAAAUUUAUGAUGUUUUUUUUAUUUUUUUUUAUUUGGU